AUGUCAGACCACGUCCGAAGUGAAUAUGAUCCACUCUUUCCACGCCAGAAUUAUCCAGUCUCAUCCACAACAUCCAUCACGUCCACAACAUCACGAUGCUACGGUGGAUUUGAACAACAAAAGAGGACCUGGGCGUCCACUGCACGACGAUCACAGCGUAUUCGUGUCAUUGCGACUCUCCAGCUUCUCUUGGGUGUCUUUAUUUCUUGGAAUUACUUGUGGUUAUCAAAUAUCUUUAUGUUUCUUAUCGGUAUUGUCGGUCUCUUGGCUGUACGAUCGGAAAGCAUGAGUUGGACUGUGAUUUACCUACUGCUAAGUGCUAUGGAAUUUGCACGUAUUAUUAUGCUUACACCGCAUUUAUAUGAACGAUUUCAAGCACCAGGAUUUAUCUUCACACACUAUGAAAUGUUUCAAAUCCUUGUGCUUGUGGUGGAAGAAAUUCUGCUUGUGCCAGCAGCUUUUGUGGUGUGUAUUGCGGCUGCAGCAGCAGUUGCUAAUCCGCUGUGGUAA